UAUUCCGCUUACAGUCUGUGGAUGGAAUAAAUAAAGAUUAUAACAAAUGGUAGAAUAAAUGAGACUUACGUUUUGCGAAUAAAGUUUUACUAAAUAUAAUAUGCAUAAUUCUUAAAAUAUCAGCUUAUGAGAAUGAAAUUGUAAGAAGACAAGUGCACUUCUUCUCUUCGUUCGAAAGGAAAGUCUUAUCGACUAAUUAUAAUCCUUAUUUAAUAUAUAUAGGUAUAUAUUUACCAUACAUAUAUAUCAAACGUAUGUGCAAUAAAAAAGAGAUUAUUCUAAUUAGACGGUUCGUAAUCCUUCAGACUUUGCAAAUAUUAUCGAUCUGUGAACCCUUUAAAUAUAGCUAUCUUAAUGAAGAUCGAAUCAUUUCAUAGAACCAUGUCACGACAAUCGGUAGUUCUAUCAAUACUCUCUUACAUUUUAUUUGUUACGUUGUUAAACAACGUAACGUGCAAAGUAAUUCCACCUUCUGCACCAUGGGCAAGUUUUGCUUCGAAAUCAAUUUAUUCGAGGUCACUUGGACCACCUGUAUCUGGAUUUAGCACCAUAAGCAUACCGUAUAUGUCCAAGUCACCGUUCUUUCCAAAAUUCAUUGAUCCUAAAGAUAUGAUUUCUAAAAAGACUGAUUUAUUGAGCAAUCUUUUUGGUGGAAUGGGUACAGUUCCAUUGGCUGCGGAUAAUUCCAAAUUAUUACCAAACAGUUUGUUGCAAUAUCCUACAGUGGAUGAUCAAAGUGAUUCCACUGAUACAAAGUUAAAUGACAUUGCUCAACUGUACGGAGUUUCCAAAUUAAAAUCUCCAUUAUCGUCACAAGAAACUAAAAGAAGUGCGACCUUGCUCGCUAAUGAUCCAGAACCUUCAUCGAAAGAUACAACGUCCAGUGAUAAAACUGAAGCUAAAGAUCCUAACUCAUCUACCAGCGAUAAUGAUUCGAAAUCUGAAGAAAGUGAAACACCCGAAGACAAGUUAAAGGUAAAGGAAUAUCUUCCAGGAAUGUUCUCCCCAUUUGUCGUAGAUCCAUCGAUGUUUAUCGAAAAAAAAUAUUCCUUUUUGGAUACACUAUUUAAAAAUCUUGCAACCACUACUGCUACUCCAAGUUUUGCCGAAACGACAGCAAAAAGUACCAUCGUACCACCUGAAUUUUGGAUUCCAAGUUCUCCGUUUGCCGAUCCAACGGAAUACAAUGACAAAAUAUCGUCAUUUUUGGAUAAAUUAUUCGAGAAUUUAACAUUGAACAAGACUAAGGACGAAACAUCAUCUUCAGUUUCUGGUCCGAGAGUUGCAAGAUCGAUCGAAGAUGUAUCUUCAAUACUAGCUGCUAAAGAUGCUUUUGUAGAUUCGAUACUAAUGCAAUUGAGUACUUUGAAGGACGAAAUGAUUUCGGUUCUAAACGAUACGAUAUCUUAUCAGAAAUCUUCGGGUCUUCUGUCAUCGUCUAUGGUACCAAAGAAACCAUUUUUACCAAGCAUGUGGGUGAAACCAACGGCAGAUACGAUGUUACUUUACAAACAAAAAAUGCAAUUUCUUGAUCAAAUGUUCGAUAUGUUGCUCGAAUUGCAAAAGAAUGUAUCAGCUAAUAUUUUAGAAACCGUAAAGUCUGAACUGAAUACACAAAGUGAUGUUCAAUCGUCUAAUCUCAUCGACGAACCUUUGGCACCUGUCGACGAAAAUUUGCUAAAUCAAUCUCUGUUGGAUGUCAUUAAGCAAAGUUUAGCACAAAGUGUUCAAUACCCAGCAGCAACUGUUUCUAAAGGUGCUGGCAAAAAAGUAUCUCGAUCUGCACCAAGUGCAACUUCAUUUUGGGUUGCUUAUCCGGACAGUGCUCAUACCGUUGCUAAACGACACGCUCCUGCAAAUAAUUUUCAAUAUCCUUCACGAUCAGGAAAUAAUUUUAAUAAUUAUCCACAAGAUAAAUUGGAUCCGAUGGAAUUUUCACAGAAAUAUGACAAGGAAAAUACCAAUUUCGAUUACGAUAUUGAUGGGCAAAGAGAUAAUAUAAAGAAAUUUAAAGAAUAUGUUAAAUGGAUGGAUUAUAUUAUGAACGAACGCAAGGAGGGCAAGCAUCGUCAUCAUCAUCAUUAUUUUUAAGUCAUUUCUAAAAAUUGAUUAAUAUUAUUAUAUCUCAAAAUUCGAAAUACUAAAAUACUAAAUCGUGUAGAAGAUUUCAAUUCUAUAAAUAAAAUUCUUGAAAAACAAUUUAAAAAAAAAAAAAUA